GGGUUUAGGUAGGCCGGUGUGGAAAUCUAAAUCGGCGAGAGAGCACCGCGCUGUGCUGGCCGCGCGGGCACAAUUACCGGGCGGCGAGUGUCGAGGAACCCCAUUUUAUAUAUUAAUAGUCGAGAUAGCCGCCUGUGUGUCACGUUACCGAGAGGGCCACCUCGGUUAGGACGGCGGGAGCUCGCGGGGAGAGCGGUCUCGGAGGAUCGUUGUUGGGAAGUGGAAGAGGUCGGGAAGGGGGAGGACCGAUCGCGCGGGAGCGAGAAGGCUCGAGAGGCUCCUACGAUCGAUCGAGGGAGAUCGAGCGAUCGGAUCCGCGGGGGCGGCAGAGGGGGGACCUCGAGGGGAGCCUCGAAAUGAUAGAUACGAGGACGGUAUAACGCACGGACCCCUUGCAUCUCUACAUGGUAGCCUCAGUUCCAGUUCGCGAUGGAGGCUACUUGCUCCUUCUAGCACUAGGUAGUCGUGCAUUUCUUAUAUAUCAGGGAGACUUACAGAGCGUGAUCGGGAAAGAGGAGGAUAGGGUGAGGAAAAAAGGGGGACAAGUCGACAGAGAAGAUGAACAAAAUAGAGAAAGGUGCAAUAACUAGAUAGGGGAAAAACAGAGAGAAAGAGAGAGAGACAAAAAGAGAGAGAGAGAGGGAACCGUAAGAGUUGAAGAGGACACUGCCGGAAAGAAAACGAAAAAAACGCAAGAGAGGGUAACAAGACAGGAAAAUAAAAAGAAAACUCUGGUGGCGAGGUGAAAGAUCGAAAGGGUGCAAGCUCGACGAACAACAUUCUAGACCACUUCCUCGAGGAAGCAAACUGUAAUCUGUCCUACAUUACGUCUUCUUGCGCUUCUUCCGCGGUUUCUCCCCGUCGGUAGUGCGCGCGGGGGAUGACAACUCGCGGUGGCGACCCAAGACGAGCGUCGUAAAGCUGCAUUAUUUCGCGGCGCGAAUCGCGCGUAAUACACACACGUACACAUCAUCAGAACGUCAUGGCAGAACGGAGGUGACCGGAUGCUGGGCGGUGCAGUGAUUCGAUUGAUUCGCUGAAGAGUGUUCGUGGCUUCCACCGAACUUCCGAGUGCCGCGUUAAGUGAACGUACGUGUGCGUGCGUGGGUGCGUGCGUGCGUGCGUACGUACGUACGUACGUUUGUGUCUCUCGCUGCGUGAACGUACGUACAUACGUUGUGCGUGCUUGCGUGCUUGCAAGCGAGCGCUGAUCGGGGCUUAUACAGUGACGCCUUAGGCGCUCUUGUGUACGUGCGGGUUCGCCAAGGAAGGCGAAGGCGGCGAGUCCCUCGGCUGGUCACCGAGGUGGUCCACCCAAGUGAGAGUAUCGUCAUCAUCCUCGUCAUCAGCCCCCAUCUGUGCGCUGUCGCAUUUCAAUCAGCGUAGCGUAGAGGAAGCAGCGGCCGGACGCGCGCGCCUCAUUGGAGCUUUCUUCGAUUCUUUUGCGGUAGGAAGCCGCUGGACGUGAGAUCGGCAUCGAAAGAGGGAGAGAGAAAGAAGGACGGAGAAGUGGACGAGCGUUCGGUCAUUGCGGCGACGGCGGCGGCUCUCGAUCGGCCGAGGAAGGAGGAGGAUAGACUCCGACGAAGAUGAUGUUCGGUAGGAUCAGAAGAGAGGAGGUCUUCUCCGGCAAUGGCUGAUGGCCGUGGCCGCGAUGUCCGCGGCGUAUGAGCCGCUCUGUCGCGAGGACGACGGACGUUAACGCUGCCCGUAUAGCAGCCGGAGGAGAUCCACGCGGAAUCUACGCGAUCGUGACGUGGUGGGCGGACGCGGUGCGUGAACGAGGAUGAAGGGACGGUCCCUCGAGCCACGAAACGAGGAGCUGCGUUGUCGCGAGUGAGUCGCGAGCGGUGUCGAGGAGUGCUCGAUUCCGGCGAGUUACGGCGAGUGCCGGAGACGCGGGUUCGUUAAUAAACGCAUGUACGCUAACAAAGAGAGUGAGAGUGAGAGAGAGAGAGAGGGGGGGGAGAGAGAAACGGCGAGUCAAUCAGACACUUCCGUAAACAGGAGUGAAUGGGCACCGUAACGAGUGCCGCGAGCGGGUGAAUCGGAUCUUCGGUGAAAGAAGAAGUUUGCGCGAUCGAUUUAGAGAGGUUGAACCGCGAGUGCGCCUUCGAUGACCCUCGAAACUACUCGUCGAGAUCUACGUUCGAGAUAAUCCCCUUAUUACCGCGGAGAAGACCGUGGUAGUUCCAGAAACAAGUCGGGAUCCUCGCGGGAGGGUUGUUGAGAAGCAGAAGAGACUAAAUUCGAGCCCCUCGAGACAGUGGUGGAGAGCGCGAGCGAGGACGCGCGCACCGCAAGUAGAAAAGGCUCGACUGAGAUCAGACCACUCGGCCUGUCACUUUCCUUCCUUUCAUCUUCGAGUCCUCGCGGUUGAGGGCCGGGACUGAUCGACGCUCGCGUCGUGAUUGACUUGACGCUUUCCGGUGAAGCGCCUCUCCCGAAAGAGAGCUUUGUCGGCGUCGAUCAGACUUACAGCGUAAGAUUCGUGCGAGAUGAGACAUGAAGUGCAACGCGCUCAUUGUAGCCAGAUGCAGAUCGGCAUCUCCCGGGACCCGGUCGGCCGCGGCUCGUUAGGUUUGACAGUAGUGAUCUUGGUGGUACCGUGCGCGACCUUAAGCUCAGCAGUGCACCUUGCGGUGAGACGCGCGUUGUAGCACGUGCCCGAAUCGUGGAAAAGCCGUCACUCUCGAAAAAGUCCGAUUGGGGGGGUACAUCUGAAGGCGCAGCGGGGCGGCAGGAGGACGAGGAAAAAAAAGAGGAGGAGGAAAAGAAGGAGGGGGCGGGGGUGGAGGAGACGAGGCAGGGUGGGCAGCACCAAGGAGGAGGAAGCUUCCUCGGUGCGCGAUCUCGGUCGAAGGGGGCGAGAAACGUGUGUUUACAAUUCGGCGUGGUUGCCUUCGAGGAUGAGCGACGGCGGUCAUGCCGUGUAAUUCGAAGGUGUAUCACGCCACCGUCGCAUCGUGCACGAUCGUCGUCGCCGCCGCCGCUGCCGCAUCCGUGGUGGUCGUCCACACUGUCCUGCUAAAACUGUUGAGACACGGCAGAAUCGCGGCAUCGCCGGAAAGAUGAGCUCGAUCGACUUCGACGAGGUGCUGGUACACGUGGGCGAAAAGGGCCGAUACCAGAACAUCAUGUACUACUUACUGUGCAUACCUGCCACUCUGCCGGCCGCCUUUUUGGCGUUUUCACAAGUGUUCGUGAGUGCCUCGCCAGAGCACUGGUGCAAGGUACCGGAACUGGAGAACCUGACGGAUCUAAUGUCGUUGGACGAGAGGAAGGCGCUCUCAUUGCCCUACCAGAUCAAGGCCGAUGGCAAGAGGAUUUACUCCAAGUGUGAAAUGUACAACGUGAAUUAUACGGAGAUAAUCGAUUCGUGGCUCAGAGGCGCCGAUCUGUCCAACACCACCGACAGCUCGUUGUUGACCACGUCUCCGUCAUUUGACUCACCGUCGACCCGAUUGUCAUCGCCGCCGGUCAGUAGCCCCGACUGGCCGGUCAUCAAGUGCCGGUACGGAUGGAACUACGACACCAGGGACUACGACAGCACCCUCGUGACCGAGCUAGACCUGGUAUGUGACAACAGCUGGUGGCCUUCCACGUCGACGACGUUCUUCUACGUGGGCAGCCUCUUCGGCAACGUCGUGUUCGGUUGGAUUGCCGACAAAUGGGGCAGAAGGACGGCUUUUUUCGCCAUCCUGUUUCUCGAAGUGAUAUUCUCCAUCGCCACGAGCUUCAGUCCGAACUACGUGAUCUACACGGCGUUGAGAACCGUAAAUGGUCUCUUUUUUCCUGCCAUUUAUCAGAUACCUUUUAUACUUGCUCUUGAGCUAAUGGGACCGAGAUACCGAACGUUUGCUGGGAUGGUGAUUUGUAUGUUCUUUGCCAUAGCAAUGUCCCUGCUAGCAUUGCUAGGUUACUUGUUAAGACACUGGUAUACCCUGUCGUUAGCCACAUCGGUGCCUUUCAUUCUUCUCUUCAGUUACUACUGGAUCAUCCCCGAGUCACCGCGGUGGCUUCUCAGUAAGAAUAGAAUAGACGAGGCGGAGGUGAUAGUCCAACAAAUGGCAAAAGUCAAUGGCAAAACAGUGCCUCCGAACUUUCUCAGAAACAUGGAGAUAGAAAUAUUAAAGAGGCAAAGGGUAUCGUGUAACGGUAGGAAUUCCAAUAACAGUAACAUCGACGUGGAGGGCGAGAACAGAACGCCGCCGCCAUCCGCGACGCCCAUGGACCUGAUCACAAAUCCAAACAUCAGGAAAAAGUUCUUCAUUCUCGCCUUCGAUUGGGUGGCGAACGCAGUGGUAUACAACGGACUCUCCUACAACACGACUAAUUUAGGUGUCUCCGAUUACCUGGCCUUCUUCAUUGGAGGAAUCGUGGAAAUUCCAUCGUACUUUAUUACGUGGUACGCAAUGGACAGAUUGGGUAGGCGAUGGGUACUAUGCGUGACCAUGAUGCUGGGUGGGGUCGCUUGUGUGUCCUGCAUGUUCGUACCCGAAGCAGACGCGGUCUGGGUGACCGUAAGCCUGGCGAUGAUCGGCAAAUUCGGCAUCGCUGCGUCCUUCGCCGUUUUCUACGUCUUUGUCGGCGAACUACUGCCGACUGUACUAAGGUCUCAGGCGAUGGGCAUAGCUUCCUUCAUCGCCGGCAUCGGCCUCCUCACCUUCCCCUACAUCGUUCAUUUGGCGGUUUACUCGAGAGUCUUACCCCUGAUUGUGAUGGGAUCACUGAGCGUCGCUGGCGCGCUCACCUCCGUAUUCCUGCCGGAGACGCUCAAUAUCCAUCUACCGCAAACGGUUGAGGAGGGUGAGAUGUUUGGGGCUGAUUUUAAGCUGUGGUCCUGUCCGACGAUACCGAAGAAAGGUUCAAGCAAGACCGAGUCUGUGCCGAUGAGGUACUUAGUGAACGGCGGACCGGGUAAUCGCUCGUCUACCUCGAAAGUCGCGCCCCAGGAAGGUGCGACUACGUCGGAGGGCGAGAAGCCAGCUACCGCGCUGCCCCCCAAGGGAAAAGAAGAGGCGAAGAACUUAAGUGCACCUAAGACGGAGGAGCUGACGAAUGUCGAGGUCGUCGGGCCGAAGACGGUCAGCAGCACAGUGGUGGAAGUGACCGCGUGCCGGAAGUCGCAAUGAGAGACGGGACGAGAUAACAGUCUUAUAAUUAACUCUUUACAAUGUUGUAUUAUAAUUACCAGUAUAGACACGCGUUGUAUUUAUUUUUCCAUUUAUUAUAAUGUACUUCCUUGUGAAACCUGCCUGAGUUUGUCGACUAGCAAACGAUUCGAUCCCUAUCUUUUUUUUUCUGUGCUGCUGAAGAAUGCUUCCAACUCUCGUCGCGGUGUGUGCGUGUACAUUGCGUGUGAAUGAUAUAUGCGUAUGAGUCAAGAAUUAACGUCCGGGAUCUACGAGAAUUCUAGAGUGUAACGCUACACUUUUUUAUUUGUUCGGUUAGACGUCGAAUUUUACAUUUUGUCUUUACGUUAAGAAAAUCUUGUUGUGAUUUUAAUUAGCUUAAAUAAAAUAUCUUAAUAUCUA